CUUCAAACACCAUCCUCACAAACAGUUCGUUUGGAUCACAGGCGCAUCUCCUUCACCCGGUAUUUUUGUGUAUUUCAUCAAAUACGAAAAAGUCUUUCUUCCAAUCGAGUUAUUUUAGUUUUGGACCAAAAUGAGAACCUCCACCAUUGUCGCUGCCUCGGUUGGAACCGCCGUCACCGGUUUCUUGGCCUAUGCAUUUUACUUUGAUCACAAGCGCCGCACGGACCCCGAAUUCCGCAAAGCUUUGAAGCGCGAAUCCAAGAAGCAAGCCAAGGCCCAGAAGGAGGAAGCCGAGGCGCACACGGCACGAGAGAAGGAAACCAUCAAAUCUGUCAUGAAGGAGGCCAAUGAAGAGGGCUACCCGGCCAAUGUCGAGGAGAAGGAGGCUUUCUUCAUGAACGAGGUCGCAACUGGAGAAGCCCGCUGCCAGGAUGGCUCGGAUCCCAUUGAGGCUGCAUUGUGCUUCUACAAGGCCCUGAAGGUCUAUCCCCAGCCCAAGGAUCUCAUCAACAUCUACGACAAGACGGUGCCCAAGCACAUUCUUGGCAUUCUCGCGGAGAUGAUUGCAGCAGACCCGGAAUUUAAAGGAGAAUCUUUCUUCGCUGGCUCCGACAGCGGCGCUGGUGUCGAGUAAGAUGUGACGUACGGCUCAUUCAAUUGUCCGAUUCGAUCGUGGCACUGACAGACGCUUACCGCGCGACACUUUCACCUUGCAACUCUAUCAUAUCUUCUCACGACAGCAUCAUCUCCACUAUUGUAUAGUUUUGUACAUAACCAGACGAUUUUGCAUCAUGGUGUCUUACCUAUCUUGGUGCAAGGACACGCGGGUUUCUUUGGCCGAUUCGACCGAGCUUGCGGAAUCGUGUUUUACUAGGGGUCUUUUUCUUUUCCUUUCUUUCUUUCUUCCGUGUAUUCUUGCUUAGUCAACGAGCGACUCAUGCGUCUUUAUCGGCAAUCUUGUCUCAAGAGAUUUAAAUAGAUAUGGCGUGUGACAGGUCCUCUUGAAUUUGAUAUGUUUUGUCCAGAUUCACAUUCACCUAGCAGCUCGACCAAUAUUCGGGACCCGGACCGUGACUGAUAUAAAUAUCUUGAGCCUGCAAUGGAAAAGUUGCUCUGAUUUUACUAUUCGUCUAC